GGAGGAAAGUAGGGAGAGGUAGAAGGGAGAGCGUGUGUGUUUAUGUCUCAGUGUGUGACAAAUAGGGAGAGGGAGUGGGCACCAAACAAGACAGCGUCAACUCGCAGUAAGCUGAGGAGCUUUCGGACUAGCUGCCCAGUGCAUAGGAUAAUACCACAGAGGACGUACAACUUGACUCGAUUUGUCGACGUAAUUUAUUGAGGACAAGGACGCCAGACUAUUUUCGACGUAAAAGACUAUAAUUGCAUAAAAAUGCAGAGACCAGGCGGCCAAGGGACGGCGUUUUCUAUCGAUUCAUUAAUAGGAACUCCUCAACCUCGGCCGGGACACCUGCUCUAUACGGGGUAUCCCAUGUUCAUGCCAUACAGACCCUUAAUGAUUCCGCAAGCAUUAUCUCAUGCACCUUUACCAUCUGGCAUACCUCCUCUAGCUCCGUUGGCAUCUUUCGCUGGACGACUUACCAACACUUUCUGUGCGAGCUUGGGGCAGGGGAUGCCAUCUAUGGUUGCACUCACGACAACACUGCCAAGUUUUUCGGAUCCGCCAGACAGUUUCUAUCCACCCCAAGAGCUUCCCGGACCUCGAUUAAGUGCUGAUCCAGGAACAAGGAGGCAAGAAAGCCCCCACUCAGAGGAGCUACAUGCGAGAGAGAAGGGCUCAGACCUACUCAAUUUCUCUGAAACUUUUCAAACUAUUUCAGGUGAAACUAAGUUGUACAGCUCAGACGAUGAGAAACUGGACAUGAAAUCAGCAGAUACAGUGUUGAGUGAUCGAGAGGACAGCUCCGCCGACAGCGAAAACGAGAGUUUUUCAGACGGGAACAACUGCGGUUCUUUAUCCCAGAAGAACAAACUCAAACCUGGGUCACAGGAGCCCCUACCACCUGGAAACUCGGCGGGAAAGAGUCGAAGGAGACGAACAGCUUUUACAAGCGAACAGUUACUUGAACUUGAGAAGGAAUUUCAUUGUAAAAAAUACCUUUCACUCACUGAACGUUCUCAAAUCGCCCAUGCACUUAAACUGAGCGAGGUUCAGGUCAAGAUUUGGUUUCAGAACCGUAGGGCGAAGUGGAAAAGGAUCAAAGCCGGAAACGUAAACAACAGGUCGGGAGAACCUGUGAGAAAUCCCAAAAUUGUUGUACCCAUUCCAGUGCACGUCAACAGGUUUGCCGUGAGGAGUCAACAUCAACAAAUAGAGCAAGGGAGCAGGCCAUGAACUAUUCUGAUAGCCUGAAGGGGAAAAUUACAUUUGGUUUAGUCAAGUUCCCAGCCGGUUUGUUGAAUGCAUGAAGCACAAAAAAGGAUUAAUUUGGUCUGUGUCAAGUUACACUUUUGCAUCACCAAAUGUUCUAUAAACUCGAUAUUGAGGACCAACUUUACUGGCAGAGGAAUCAAUUUGUCAUAUAACCCAAGCUUGGGUUUUAUUUAUUGUUUUGUAAAUCUGUAUAUAUGAUCAUGUGUCAAGUGACACUCAUGGGCACUAUAAAAUAAGAUUGUAAAAAUUCUUUUUUAAAGUAUUUAUAUGUAGGGCCUAAAUGUUCUGUUACUUAUUGCAUGUGCUUUACUCACUCAGUAAAGCUAUUCUCACUUGUAUUUGGUACGUUUUGUUGGUCAAAUUUUGCAUGUACCUUACACAGUUAAUUUUGAUAGGAAACUGUAGGAACUGUAGCCCACUCGCCAGCUGUUCGUGGA